UUCCACCGCAUUCAGUGCGUGCAUUGAGUGCAGUGUGCAUCGUAGCAGCGUUUGGCAGUAUCUAGCCGUAAAAAAAGCUAUGCCAAAAAACGUAAUCAAAGGUAUUGCGGUCGAUUUUCCUUUCGAGCCCUACCAAGUGCAGGAAGUUUUUAUGGCCAAAAUUAUGGAUUGUUUGUGGAAUGGCACCAACGGUGUUCUAGAAUCUCCGCCAGGGACCGGAAAAACUCUGAGCUUGCUUUGUUCGACUCUAGCAUGGACACAGAGCAGAAAAGCUUUAGCUCAAGCAAACGCGAAGAAAAGCAAAACAACUGAGUUGAAGAUUGGUCAGAAGGAAAAGCUGAAUCGGUUGGCGAACAGAAAAGUGCUUCGAAGUCUGAACGGAAACACUGACGCGGAGGAGGAAAAACGGAGCGUCCCGAGGAUAAUUUACGCUUCGAGAACACAUUUGCAAUUGACGCAAGCAAUGCGGGAGCUGAAGAAAACAAGCUACAGCUCCAUGAACGCUGUUUCUCUGGGAUCUCGUCAACGACUGUGUAUUCAUCCUGAUGUGUCGACGGGGGAGGGGAAUUCGGCAAAAACGUCUAUGUGCAACGCGACAAUUAAGUCCCAAAAUUGCUCGUUCUACAGCAAAGUGGAAAACAACAGAAGCAAGUCAGCAGUAACGGACUGCAGUUUGAUGGACAUCGAGGAUAUGAUGCAGUUUGGUAAGAGCACUAAGACCUGUCCAUUUUUCUUUUCAAAGCAAUUGGCAGAAAAUGCGGACAUAAUUUUUAUGCUGCACAAUGAAUUGUUAGACCCAAGAGUUCGCAAGGCGAACAAAUUUGACAUUUCGAACACAAUCAUCAUUCUCGAUGAGGCGCACAUCGUACCAAAAUUGUGCGAGGAGUAUGCUUCAACGCGGUUCAAAUCGUCCGACAUUGCUCUUUGUAUUGGAGAUAUCAACUCGGUGAUUGAAAACUCGUACCCUGUUCCAAGAAGCUGUACAAAAAAUUUUACUAGGCAUCAAUUGACUGGGUUGAAAGAUCUGUUACUCAGGCUAGGAAAUGUGCUUGAUAAUAUUAAGGUACCAUCAGAGGGAGGGAGAACAUUUUCCGGGACGUAUAUAUUUGAUCUUCUCGAGAAGGUUAAUAUAAAAGAAAGCAACUGUCAUGUUUUGACUGAUCUACUGGAUAAUAUCAUUCAAUACAUUGCUGUCGUUACCCGGAAGAACUCGUUUAUGCGUCGUGGAGGGUUGCAAAACUUUGCGGAGUUUCUGGCAACUGUUUUCGCCGGUAGGGGCCCUCAGUACCGACAAUCGAUCGAUAAAUGUUACAAGGUGCACAUCGAUCUCGAGGAACCGGAGAAGGUUCGUGGAAAGGUAAAGCAAACAAUCAAUGUGAACGCUAAGGAGCUCAAUUUCUGGUGCUUGAAUCCGGGCUUCGUUAUGCGCCAAUUGUUGGAGGAUAAUGUAAGAAGUAUUAUUUUGACGAGCGGUACACUAGCACCGGUAAAGCCUUUCGCUAGUGAACUGGACAUUCCAAUAGCGGUUCAACUGGAGAACCCACACAUUAUUGAGGACAAUCAGGUUUGCGUUAAAAUUUUGCGACAGGGUCCAGAUAAGGAAUGUCUCGAUUCGAGCUUCAACAACCGUAACAAUCCAAAGUAUAUCGAAAGCCUGGGUCGAACGAUUUUGGCCUUCGCUCCGGUCAUCCAAGGUGGAUUGUUAGUAUUCUUCGGCUCCAAUCAAUUGUUGCGCAAAUGUCAAGAAUCGUGGCAGGCAUCUGACCUUUGGGCUCAGAUUAGUCAAAUUAAGCCAAUUUUUUUGGAGUCUCGGGAAAAGGGUGAUACCCAAAAUAGCGCGUAUCGAUAUACUAGGAAAAUACAGAAACCAAAUGGGAAUGGAGCCAUUUUUAUUGCUGUUUGCAGAGGAAAAUUUUCCGAAGGAAUCGAUUCCACCGAGGUGACGGGUCGAGCUCUAAUGAUGAUCGGACUUCCGUUGCCACCUUCGAAAGACACACGAGUGAUGCUUAAAAAAGAGUAUCUACAAGGCCUUCGAACUGAAGAAAAUGGGUUAGUAACUGGCGAUGAAUGGUACUCAAUUGAGGCAACUAGGGCGGUUAACAAAGCUAUCGGAUGCAUGGUUAGCCAUAGAUAUGACUACGGUGCCAUCCUUCUCUGUGACGUUCGUUUUCACAACCCUCGACAGAAGGCACAGCUUUCAACCUGGGUCCAGAAGCAUUUACCGACUACCCAGUCCCAAACGUUCGGGCCGAUUAUUGGUGAGGUCGCGAAAUUUUUUCGAAGAGCGGAAAAACUCGAAUAUUCAUGGAUGCCACCCCCUCUCAGCCUUGCGCGGGCAAAGUUAGUAGAAAGUUUAGAAGAAGAAAAGAACCUGCAAUAUAUAAAGCACAAUUUCGUGCCCGUAGCAAAGUCAAGAAAGAGAACAUCCGAUAAACAUGUAGUCCCCGAAUCCAUCCUUCAAAUUUACAUACAAGAUCACCUCCCUGAUAGAUCGGAAAACGUUAUGAACACGGACCCGAUGCCAGGUACAACGCAGGGUUUGAUAGCGGAGAAUGAUAGUCCUACUCGGCAGGUACCUCGCAUCCGGGAUGAUCUAAUGAAAGUGAUCCGUUCGUUACUCAGUUCGGAGAGCUAUGAAAAGUUUCGUCGUGCUUUCGAGAGCUACAGAAGAACGGAUGACUUUGCGCAUGUUAUGUCGGCUAUGAUGGAAGCAUUCGGUAGACCAGAUCUUCUGUAUUUGCUGAGGGCUAUGCGGGGAUCUAUGAAGGCAGAACAUCGGACACUUUUCGAUGCUAGAAUAAAACAAGAAUACGGGGUUGUACGAGCACCGAGUGCAGCUAAACAACUAAGAUUUUGAAUUGGUUCUAUGAGAGGAUAGAUAAGUCUGAGCGCCGCAUGAGUAGCAUUAAGCAUGCAUUGAAAUCUAUGACUGUUAAAUUGAAAUCUAUGUAUGAAUUUAUGAAUUUUGUUCGACAAAAUGCACAUUGGAGAGCUAGAUUCCUUCCAGUGUCAUCAAUCAUCACUGGGCGGCGCUUGAUGAAUUACAGCGACUACAGCUAAAACUAAAGCAUGUAACAAUCUGCGACACUUCUGGGUCACUGAAUUCCGUUGCCGCUAGUGAUAAUAUUACAAGAUAAAACUCAUCAAUAUUCCGAUCAGCAAUGUUUUUAAAUUGUUACGUGAGUAUUUAAAGAUUAGGAGUUAGUUUCCGCAAAUGAACACUUCUGAUGUCGUUCUACAGACAGCUAGGCUUUAUACUUCGAUAAGAAAGCAUUAACAAAUUUCACUAGAAGCUGCCUUUUAAUGAAUAUUUUUUAUUCUGAACUUUACUGAAAUAAUUUAUAAUUUUUAUGUUUUACGGUUAGUUUUACUGUUGCGUUUGCAACAAGAGCAAAUAAACCUCUGAAUUUUAACGCGUGUAUUUCAGUGUUAAAAUUUCUU